UUUAUUGUGCCUAUUGCUGUUGUUUGUGUUUUUUAUUUUGCUUUUUGCUCUGCUUUAUUUUGCACUAUGGUUAGUGAGCACCACCCCCAUUUCGUUGUACAAGUUUGCACAAUGACAAUAAAGUCUGAAUCUGAAUGUGGUCAGGGAUACAGCUGAAGGUUUAUUAGCAGCUCACCAAACCGUAUUCGUAGCAAAGCAUAACACUCGGACUUGUUCUCUUUAUCUGGUGGUGAUAAGACUUCCUGUUUCCAGCAAAGCGUCGUGUGAGUCAGGCGCCAUCUUAAAAUCAUCCCUGACGUCAGCUGCACGCAUCACGCCUGUCCUCGAUCCCUCAGUAGAAAGCUAGUCUGGUGAGAGUUAGUUUAGUAGAUAGUUAGAUUGUAGGUAUAAGUUAGUUAGGGACCUAAGCCUCUGCAUUGGACCCCUAUGUGCCACGAGGCAUUUGGAGGACAGGUAACAUUAAGUUAGUCAGAUAGUUUAGUAGAUAGUUAGUUGAGUUGGGUACACACACAGCAUAGCCCCGCCCCUUCUGCGUGAUGGCGUCGGCCCGCUCGCUGGCAGGAAGUGGGCGGUAAGGGGGGGAUGUGGUAACCUAGCAACGUGAUGAAGAGGCUGCCGGAGCGUGGGGCUUUCUCUGUCUUUGGUUGGAGAUGACUCGCGGCAUCGUCUCCGUGGGGCUGCUCGCCACAUCCUGCUGAGGUGCUGCGGAGGUGUUGCUGCCUGCUGCUGCAGGCUGAGGUGCUAGGGUGCUAGGGUUCUAGGGUGCUAGGAGUCUAGGGUGCUAGGAGGCCAGGUCUCGGGCAGGGCGUCCCAUGGCCUACACUCGUACCCGGGACCUCAGGUCCUUCAGCGGUCUGGCACCCCCCUAGACAGACGGGGAGACGGACGCCAUGGCUCCUUCUUAAAGGUCCCAUCACACGCCACCAGGUGUACUAUAAUGGGCUGUGUACACUGCAAGGAUAAGGACAAGCUGACCCCAGCUGAUAGCGUCGUGCCUCCGAGCGCCUCCUACGGUUAUGGAGCACAGCCUGCUUAUGGGGCGGAGCCUAGUGCCUACCCCAGCAACAGGGGAGGAGCCAUCCCCAACUACAACUACCACCCCCCGAUCGGGCAGGUCUUUGGGGGGCCCACCACCUCCAUGCACACAGGCACCCUGUCCAGAGGAAGCUCAGCAGGAGUGACGCUCUUCGUGGCGUUGUACGACUACAGCUCCCGCACAGAAGACGACCUGAGCUUCAAGAAAGGAGAGAAGUUCCAGAUCACCAACAGCACUGAGGGCGAUUGGUGGGAGGCUCGCUCUCUCUCUACCGGGAACAGCGGCUACAUCCCCAGUAACUACGUCGCCCCCGUCAACUCCAUACAGGCAGAGGACUGGUACUUCGGGAAGCUGAGCAGGAAGGAGGCUGAGAGGCAGCUGCUGUCCACCGGGAACCUCAGAGGAACCUACCUGAUCAGGGAGAGUGAGACCAGCCCGGGUACGUACUCCCUGUCCAUCAGGGACUCUGAUGACGUCAAAGGCGACCACGUGAAGCACUAUAAGAUCCGCCAGCUGGACAGCGGGGGGUACUACAUCACUACGCGCGCACAGUUCCACACGCUGCAACAGCUGGUGCUGCACUACUCAGAGCGUGCGGCCGGUCUGUGUUACCGCCUGGUGGUCCCGAGCUACAGAGGGACCCCCCGGCUCAGCGACCUGUCGGUGAAGACGCGGGACCUGUGGGAGAUCCCGCGGCCCUCGCUGCUGCUGCUCCGUCGCUUGGGCAACGGGCAGUUUGGGGAGGUCUGGAUGGGCAUGUGGAACGGGACCACCAAGGUGGCGGUGAAGACCCUGAAGCCGGGCACCAUGUCCCCGGAGUCCUUCCUGGAGGAGGCUCAGAUCAUGAAGAAGCUCCGUCACGACAAGCUGGUGCAGCUGUACGCCGUGGUGUCAGAGGAGCCCAUCUACAUUGUCACCGAGUACAUGGGCAACGGAAGUCUGCUGGACUUCUUGAAGGGCGUAGAAGGUCGAGGACUGAAGCUUCCCAACCUGGUGGAUAUGGCUGCUCAGGUGGCGGCGGGCAUGGCCUACAUCGAGAGGAUGAACUACAUCCACCGAGACCUGCGCACCGCCAACAUCCUGGUGGGCGAGGGCCUGGGCUGUAAGAUCGCCGACUUCGGUCUGGCACGACUCAUAGAGGACAACGAGUACACCGCACGCCAAGGAGCCAAGUUCCCCAUCAAGUGGACGGCCCCGGAGGCUGCGCUCUACGGCCGCUUCACCAUAAAGUCCGACGUCUGGUCCUUUGGUGUCCUGCUGACCGAGCUGGUUACCAAGGGCCGGGUACCAUACCCAGGGAUGAACAACCGAGAGGUGUUGGAGCAGGUGGAGAGGGGGUACAGGAUGCCCCUCCCCCAGGACUGCCCCCCCUCCCUGUACGACCUGAUGAUCCUCUGCUGGCGGAGCGAGGCCGAGGACCGGCCGACCUUCGAGUACCUGCAGGCCUUCCUGGAAGACUACUUCACCGCCACCGAGCCCCAGUACCAGCCCGGGGACAACCUGUGAGCCCGUAUACCGGGGCUCACCUGGACCUGGGCUCAGCUAGACCUGGUCUACCUGUUCCGGCCUAGACCCGGUCCACCUGGUCUCUCUUGGACCUGGUGUACCUGGUCUCACUUGGACCUGGUGUACCUGGACUAGGUCUACCUGGUCUACCUUGUCCAGGUCUACCUGGUAUCACCUGAACAUGUGUUAUCUGGUCUCACCUGGUCCCUCUUGGACCUGGUCUACCUGGUCUUAUCUGGACCUGGCCUCACAUGGACCUGGUUUACCUGUUUUAACCUGGACCUGGUCUCACCUGGUCUCUCUUAGACCUGGUCUCACCCGGACUGGAGCCCACCUAGGCCACUGGAAGCCCCUGCAGACUCACCAGGGAGAGCCCUCUGGAACCCCCUGAGCAACCGAUGGCUGAGGGGAUGAAGAGUGAUGAAGAGGGCUUAGGGUCUGUUCUGGAGGGUAACACGCUGUGUUCCACAGUGCGUUCACACUGUACACGUCCGUCGACGGGUAAAGGAGGGCUUGUCUGAAGAAGGGGGGACACGAUUCUAUUGGCCGACGGAUCCGUCGUGCCUGAAAAGUUGGCCUGCGUCAACUUUUUGACGCAGGCCAGGGAGCCGACGGAAAGGAUUGACCCACAGCGCACUUCGAGAGCGCCCCAUGGAAAAUCAAUGAGAUCCGUCGACGGACUUGUACAGUGUGAACGCGGCGUAAUAAGAAGCUCCGGUGAAAGUAAUCUGACACCAACAGCCAUCAUUACUAUAUCAAUAAUGAUGACAGGAUGGACGCGUCAGAAUUCAAGAGAAAUAGUGUGUAUCAGCUUAUAUUGUUUGGCAGAAUUAUUAUAAUUUUUUAUUAUAAACAAGAAUUCAGUGACUAAUUUAUAGGAAUUAUUAUCCAAUGUGCACGCUGGCCACCGUACUUAGCUAUCCAGCGAAGCUAGCUUACAGACCUAGCUAGCCAGCAAACCUAGCCCAUGCAUAUGGCGAGUCGACGUACAAAAGUAGCCAAGGUAAGUAGCUUGCCAAAGUACGGAGCUAGCCAAAAAAGAUGCUACAGAGCUAUCCGAGGUACAUAGCUCGCUGGCUUGAGUAGCGAGCCAGCGAGCAUUGGCUGUGUCCCUAGCCAUGUAACAAAAGUAUGUUUAGUUCCACUAUUGAUCGAUGAAACAGCUCAGGGGAAUGGUAUCGGUUUUGUUUUAGCCUGUUUGGUACAGGGAGUUAUGGGCAGCACAUCCAUCCUUUGUAUUUAGAUUCCGUAUGUAUUCCCGGGGAACGUCCGCAAGAGGAGAACCACGGCCCAACCUUAACGGCAGUUUCCUCCAUCGUUGGCAGAGGCCGCGUCCUGAUUGGCCAGGUAGAAUCGGAAGGUUUUAGAAUCUCCGGAUGGCUCUAGGGGGUUCUUUGUGUAUUUAGAUGUACAGGUACAAGAUUUUAUGUGUCAAUACUAUACUUUGUUUAUUACUUCUUCUUUUUUUUUUAACAUUGACUGUUUUCUUGAUCAGGAUAAAAGCAAACAAUAAACAUUUUACACCGUU